CCAAUCAGGAGGCUUUAUUUACCAACAACAAACAUCAGAGAAGAAGAAUCUGUUUAAACUGAAGCUAACAGCUAACCUCAGCUAGCAUCAUAACAUCUCCUAAAGCGACUAAAACAACUACAACUAAUGUCAGCGGGAGUGAGUUCAGUCACUACUGUGUGACUACACGUUAGAGGACAUUUACUAACUCUAGUAAUGUUAGUAUGCGAGCUAACUGUCGCUGUUUACUGAAGGUGUAACAGCUAGCUAGUUAGCAUUAGCUUUAGCAUCGAGAUUAGUCUAAUAAUAAUAAUAAUAAAGGUUCAGUCAGGAGGGUUAGUGAGGUAGGUUUAGGUAUUAGUGACUAAAAGACGGAUGAGCUGGACACAAAGAUGGAAAUGGCUGCUAAAGGAAAGGCCAAAAGGAGGCACCUGAAUGCAGAGGAGUGCGAUGAACUGGCGCAAAGUUCAGGGGGCACUGAUGCCCUCACCCAACCCCACGCAGUCAACCGCGGGCUGGGGAGUUGCGGUCCCAACCGGGGGCUUUACCCCAGGACACCCACCAAACGGCGGAAGUGUGCAUCUACCUCAGGAAGUCCUGCCGGGCGACAGACGGGCAUCGACAACUUCUUCUCCGUGACAGGAGUCAUCAGUUCCAGUCCACAAAAAUCCUCCCAGCCCGGCUCGUCCACACGCACAAAUAGACUCAACGGAGAACUUUUUCCCGAAGAGGAGGAGGACGACGAUUUUAGCUUGUUAGCUGCCUCAUUGGCUGCAGAACCUGAAGCAGUGGAGGAGGAGGAGGAGGUUGAUGAUGCAACCCUUUUAGCUGUUGAGAUGAUGCCUGAGACAAAGAAGGUGGAAGUGGUGGAUUAUCUGGAGGGAAUAACCGCAGAGAUGUUUGGGGACGAUGAUGGGUUUGACCAAUGUGACAAUGACAUUUACAACGAGGAGGAGGAGCAGGUGGAGGCCCUCCCUGACGCCCACUACGGGCUCCUGGGUAGCGGCAAGGUCCUGCUGCAGCCCCAGGGCUGCAUGGACGAUCUCCCAGAGGAGGUGCUGAGGCAGGUGCUGUGCCUCGUCCCUGCCCAGGACCUCUACCGCAGCGUCAGCCGGGUCUGCCAUCACUGGAGGAACAUCGUCCAGGACACCAAGUUUAUCCCCUUCAAGAAACAAUACUACCGCUACACGAUGAAGGAGAAGGAAACGGUGCUGGAGAUCAGCUCCGUCCUGAAGAAAAGCGGAAUAACAGAUCCAGGAUCAUUACAGCACAGCAUACGACGCCUUGUUAUUUUAAUGGCCCAGCAUAAGGCCAGAGAGCGGGUGAGGCCGGAGGAUGUUCUGGAGCGUGUAAAGAAACAUCGGCUUUUCCCUCAGGCCGAAGCCUCCAUCAGAUUACGCAUUCCUGAUAUUCACAAGUCCUUUAACCUUGGCGUCGAGGGUCCCAACCCGUACGCAGCCAUGGCGGUCAUAUUAAUCCUAAGCGAGAGCGUCGGGGACGUGCAGGCCUUGGUGUCCUUGCUCGGCGGCUGCAUGUCUGACAGUGCCAUCACAGAGUACCUCAGCCACAUGGCCAUGAUGUUUCUUGCCUUAGAGAGGAGCAACAUAAAAAUUAGUAACAAGUUGCAUUACAACAUCUACUACGUGCUUCACCUGAUGGAGAACGGCCCCUUUUCUGUCAGCUCCGGUCAGAGCGGGCGACCUCAGUUUCAGCUCACCGGUGAACAGCAGCAGAUCCUCAGCCACGAUAUCCAGGUGGACCACGUGGUCAAGAUCGUGGCUUUUGCAGGUACGGGGAAGACGACCACGUUGGUGAAGUACGCCGAGCAGCGGCCACACCUGCGCUUCCUGUACGUGGCCUUCAACAAGUCGGUGGCCACCGAGGCGCGGCGCCGUUUCCCCAGCAACGUGGCCUGCAAGACCGUCCACUCAUUGGCCUUCACUGACAUUGGGAAGAAUUACCAUAAUCGUCAGAAGCUGACCUUUAACUUGAAGCCGUUCUCCAUCAACUCGGUCUUGCCUCAGGGCCGUGGCGGCUUCGUCAGAGCCAAAGUGGUGAUCUUGACUCUCAACGCCUUCAUGGCUUCAACGGACGAGACCAUCUCCAUCAGACACGUCCCCAGCUUCCACAAGUCCAAGGACGGCCACAGGGAGUUUAUACUUGAUAAAGAAAAAGAGUUGUUUGUGCAAGACGCGCAGAAGAUCUGGACCCAAAUGACGGACCUCAGCGUGACCAAAGUGGACGCCUACUACAUGGUCCACGACGGUUACCUUAAGUUGUGGCAGCUCCAAAAGCCGAAGCCCUGCUUGUCUAACCAAUACGACGUCCUUUUCAUCGACGAGGCCCAGGACUGCACUCCAGUCAUCAUGGACGUGCUUCUGUCUCAGCGCUGUGGGAAAAUCCUGGUUGGAGAUCCUCACCAGCAGAUCUACACCUUCAAAGGAGCCGUCAACGCGCUGAACAUCGUUGACCACACGCACAUCUUCUACCUGACACAGAGCUUUCGGUUCGGUGCUGAGAUCGCCUACGUGGGCGCCACCCUCCUCAAAGUGUGCAAGGGAGUGGAGAAGAUUCUAGUGGGAGGAAAGCAAAAAGGCGGUGUGUGUGACGAGACCGCGGACAAGGUUGGAGAAGCUUUUAGGGCGGGUGUCAGUCUUGGCCGGGGGACGACGGCCAUCCUGUCGAGAUGCAACCUCACGGUGUUCAGCGAAGCCGUCCGGCUCACCGAUUCCAACCCGCAGUGCCGGAUCCACUACGUAGGAGGUGUCAGCGGUAUCGGCCUGAAUAGGAUCAUGGACAUCUGGCAGCUGAUGGAAGGAGCGAAAUUCAUCAGAGAUCCGUUGCUUCGCUCCUUCGCCAAGAAAAACGACAACGCCUUCUGGGCCUUGAAGAAGUACGUGAUGCAGACCGAGGACAUGGAGCUGGACGCCAAAGUCAACAUCGUUGAAAAAUACGGAAAGCGCAUCCCCGAGCUGGUGAAGCGCCUGGAAAGGUGCUCUGAGGAGGACUUCCACAACGCAGACUUCAUAAUCGGAACGGUCCACAAGGCUAAAGGUCUGGAGUUCAACACUGUGAUGGUCACCGAUGACUUCGCCAAGGUUCCCUCCUCAGAGCACAACCUGCAGUUCAACCCCGACUUCUCCUUCGUUGAUAUUCCUGACGAUGAGUGGAACCUGCUGUAUGUGGCGGUGACUCGUGCCAAGACCUCUCUGAUCAUCACUAAGACCGUCCGCCGCAUCCUCACAAUCGCCGGGGAAUACUUCCUGAAGUCGGAGAUGCCCAGCACCUUGAUGAAGGCGGGCAAUCCUCUCCCCUGCUGCGUCUCAGAGUGUCCCAACUGCACCACGCCAGGCUCAGCCUUCAUCAUGUGCAAACAGCAGAUGAAAUGUUCCGAUGGCGUGUCCGCCGGCGGCCCGUUGUGCGAGAGGUGCGUGUGGACCCGCAUCGGGUCGACCGCCUACCUCAUGACCGACGACGUGCUCUCCAUGGCUGAAAUACCGCGAAGACUCGGCCGGCAGGUCCACCACUUGUUCCUCUUGGCGCUUUUCUAAGCGCCAAGAGUCGUCUUCAAGGACUACUUAAAACCCGUCUUCUUUUGUGCCUCGCUGAAAAAGGAACUUUUAGCAAGGAAUAAUGUUCUGAGCGUCGGCUCACCAAAGAUACACUGAAACAGACUGAAAAAGUGUUUUUAAUUUUUCUCUGUAACAGACAAGAACAUGUUUGCAGUGUGACCAUUUUGUCUUUUUGUGUGUAUUUUUCUCUCUGCGAGAUGAAGGGAAUUGGAUGUUGUGAUAUCCAGUUGCCCGUUUAGAAAGGUGAUUAACAGCCUAUAGCUGAAUAUCUCCGUGUGAAUGUGUGACUCUGUUUGAGUAUUAAAAAAAAAAAAGAAAACUG